AUGAUGCUCCGCUCAACUGUGUGGCUAACACUAGCCACAGCGGUAUACUCAACCCCAUUAUCCCAAAGAGAAAUAGAAUCCUCAUCUCACUCGCCAACAGCCACACUCAGCCCAAGCAAUGGCAACACCAAAACAGUAUUCGUGGGCCGUACACUCCCCGAAUUCGACCAGGACUUAUUCCUAGGCAUCAAAUAUGCCGAUGAACCGAUUCGCUUCACGCCCGCAGAAUUGAAGUUGCAUUACGCAUCGAGCGAUAGUAAUUCCGGUGUCUAUGAUCUCGCCGCGGCAGGGUUGUCGUCUCAUUCCAACGCUGUUUAUUACAAUGCCACUGAGUAUGGAUAUGACUGUCCGGGGUACGGGUCCGAUACCACUAAUUUAGUGAAUAUGGGAUUGAUUCGGUUGAAUGAGGACUGUCUGAAUCUGAAUGUGAUCAGGCCCCAGAAUGCCGGAGGGUCCUUGCCGGUUAUGUUGUGGAUUUUUGGUGGUGGGUGGUCGCAGGGCGCUACUGCGGAUCCUAGGUAUAAUAUGAGCUACGUUGUCCAGCAGAGUGCGUUGAAUGGCAAGCCUGUGCUGGGUGUCUCGAUCAAUUAUCGUUUGUCGGCUUUUGGAUUCUUGGACUCGGAGGAAGUGAGGGCUGAGGGAAAUACCAAUCUCGCCCUUCGAGAUCAGCGUACUGCUAUGCACUGGGUGAAGAAGUAUAUUAAGGCUUUCGGUGGGGACCCGGAUCGAAUCACUAUUUGGGGAGAGUCUGCGGGAGCUUAUAGCGUGGGAGCACACCUUGUCACCAACAACGGCGAUAACGAGGGUCUUUUUAGAGCUGCAAUCAUGGAGUCUGGCAAUGCAGUAGGCCCACCUUACAACGGCACAGAAUGGCACCAGCCCAUGUACAAUCGAAUUGUCCAGAGAACAGGAUGUACCAACUCAACAAACACCCUCCAAUGUCUCCGCGACCUACCAUACGAGACUUUCUAUAACAACGCCUACGAGGGACUAGAAUGGUUCGCCACAAUAGACAACAUCUUCAUCUCACAGUAUCCGCGGAUAAGCUAUCACGAAGGCAAAUUCGCCAAAGUCCCCAUCCUGCUGGGCACGAACACAGAUGAGGGAACGAGUUUCGGGACAACAGGCACGAAUACAGAUGAAGAUUGCAUUGCCCAGUUAAUCUCGUCCAAACGCUGGGUUCUCACCCGCGACGAAGCCACCAAGCUGCUCGCAUAUUACCCCAACAUCCCGUUCCUCGGCUGUCCCUACGGCUGGGGCAAUGUAACCUGGCCAAAAAAUGGACUACAAUAUAAACGCUACGAAUCCAUGGCUGGUGAUAUCACCAUGGUAGCGCCCCGCCGUAUGCUAGCACAGGCCAUGUCUCGUUUUGAAGAUCAUGUUUAUUCGUAUCGAUGGGAUGUUGCAGCGCUGAAUACUUCGACGACGAUUGGAGUUCAACAUUUUGCGGAGAUUCCUUUCGUCUUCGCAAAUCCAGUCCAGAACAUCACAGAGUUAGGAUCUGACCCUGCGCGACUGGAACUUGGAAAAAUGGCAGCUCGCAUGUGGACGUCUUUUGUAACUGAUUUGGAUCCGAACGGGCAUGGAGUACCACAUAUCCCUCAAUGGCCCCGCUAUUCGUCCAAAGCUACAAACUUUGUCUUCCGGCUUCCUCGAAAUGAAGGCUAUGUGGAAGCUGAUACUUAUCGGGGGUCGGGAAUGGGCUAUAUCAAUAGUAUUGCGCGAUAA